CUUUAGUAGUGAAAAGUUUUUCAAAGAGAAAAGUUUUAUUUUUAUUUUUAUGACAAAGUAUUAUUAUUAGAAAUAUGUUUGCUAAUGAGCUCUUAAGGACCUGUUGUUGCUUACGACGAUCUACUAAGAACAACUUUCCACUUAGUACACCAGAGGGCUUAAUAUCGCUGGAUUCAGGACACAUAGGUCAGGAAGUCGUGGUGCUCAAAAAUGGAAAGCGAUUAUGUGGAACUGGGGGAGCAAUUUUAAAUCAAGCACUUUUACAAUCAAAAAGCUAUUUUGAGGUGAAAAUCCAACAAACAGGACACUGGAGUAUUGGAUUAUGUACCCUUAAUGCUGAUCUCAAUAAAACUCGAGGAGGUUUGGAUAAAUUCAGUUGGUGCCUAAAUGCUGAGAAUCUUGUUAUGAAUGAUGGGAGUGUGAUUUUUGAUCUAAAUGAAUUGUAUAGCUCACAGAAUGAGAAUGGAUCAACAGCAAAUGGUAUCAAUGAGGAUACAGAGAAUUUAUUGCCUGUAGAAAAUAAUUCCUCGAAUGAGAUUCAUCAUGUCAUGCCUACAACACAAUCAACAUCAAAUCAACGAUCAAUAUUGCCACAAGAAGGAGAUAUCAUUGGAAUUACUUAUGAUCAUAUUGAACUGAAUUUCUACUUAAAUGGAAAGAAUUUAAAUGUUCCUUCAUUAAUUAAAGUGACUGGCUCACAACCUAAUAACAAUGGUGAAUAUAAUAGUAAUGAAAUCUACCCUUGCUUAUUUGUGGACGAUGGAGCGAUACUUGAUCUUAUUGUCGACAAUUUUAAUUAUCCAAUCCCAAGUGGCUACGAUAAAAUCAUGGUGGAACAAACACUACUUUAAAAAUAUAAAAAAAAGGAAUAAUAUAUUAAUUAACUCGAUAUGGCAAUGGAGCUGACGCUUUGAAAAUAUUCUCUCAACAUGCGGAUCCUAUCUCUAUCAUUCUCUAAAUGUAACUAUACAUGCCGUUUUUUUGUAUGAGACCAAUUUCAUUUAUUAAAAGACAUUGUGAUGAUAUUCAUCUCAUUCCAUUUAUAAUGCAUCUUACACCUACC